ACUGGGCUGUGUCGCAAUAGGGGAAGACAGGCUCUAUAAGAAGCAACAGAUGCCCGGUUAGUAAAUGACCUCGCACCGCAUCUGGCGCGCGUUUUCAUCAGCAAGAAGUAGUGAAGGCUUUCCCUGCACCACUAAACCGAGUGGUAUAGUUUCCAGGCUUCCUUGAAAUUAGAAAGGAGAUGAAAAGUUGUCAGGAAUAGUUGUUGAGGUUUGGGCUGCAUAAUUGGAGUAAGAGUUUUGUUGUGGCACCAGACUGAGUUUUGUUGGUAACAGCCUUUGAGUCUCCUUAUAAAUGAUAAGCUCAGUGUGCGUUUCGACUUACCGAGGGCGCAAGUCAGGCAACAAACCUCCUUCUAAAUCAUGUCUGAAGGAGGAGAUGACCAGAGGGGAAGACUCGGACAAAAUUAGAAUUAACGUUGGUGGAAUUCGACAUGAAACCUACAAGAGCACCCUCAGGACCCUGCCGGGGACGCGUCUGGCGUGGCUGGCGGAACCUGACUCCCAGGUCAGCCCUGACUCGGAUGCAGAGCCCCCGAGUGCCACCGAGUAUUUCUUCGACAGACACCCGGGCAUUUUCGCCUACAUCCUCAACUACUACCGGACAGGCAAGCUGCACUGUCCAGCUGACGCCUGCGGUCCGCUCUUCGAGGAAGAGCUGGCGUUUUGGGGGAUAGACGAGACCGACGUGGAGCCUUGCUGCUGGAUGAACUACCGGCAGCACCGGGACGCGGAGGAGGCCCUGGAAAUAUUUGAACCGCCAGAACCAGAGAACACCGACGAUGACAGACGGUUCGGCAUCGAAGACUGUACCAACAAGUCGAGGGGAUGCUGGGAAGUUUGGCAGCCGAAGAUUUGGGCCUUGUUUGAUGACCCUCACUCAUCCAGAGCAGCCAGGGGAGUGGCAUUAAUCUCGCUCUUCUUCAUUCUGGUAUCCAUCACCACGUUCUGCCUGGAGACCCAUGAAGCCUUCACUGAAGUUCGUAAUUUCACAGAAGAAAAUUACAUUGGCAACCACACAUUUCAAGUAAUAGUUUAUGAGUUGGUGACUAGUCCAGUCUUCACCCUGGUGGAGGGCAUCUGUGUGGUGUGGUUUACAUUUGAAUUUCUGGUGCGUAUCAUCUGCUGCCCGAAUAAAGUCAUGUUCAUCAAGAACACAUUGAACAUAAUUGACUUUGUGGCUAUUCUGCCUUUUUACCUGGAGAUGGGGCUGAGUGGUCUGUCGUCCAAAGCUGCCAGCAAUGUGCUCGGCUUCCUCCGUGUCGUCCGAUUUGUGAGGAUCCUCCGGAUUUUCAAGCUAACACGCCACUUUGUAGGCUUGCGAGUCCUGGGUCACACUCUGAGGGCCAGUGUCAAUGAAUUCCUUUUGCUCAUUAUCUUCAUGGCUCUUGGUGUGCUUAUAUUUGCCACCAUGAUUUACUACGCUGAGCGUAUUGGAGCCAGUGCAGAUGACCACACAGCCUCGGCCCACACGCAGUUCAAGAACAUUCCCAUUGGGUUCUGGUGGGCAGUAGUCACCAUGACAACACUAGGCUAUGGAGACAUGUAUCCUCGAACAUGGCUGGGCAUGAUGGUGGGGGCAUUAUGCGCACUGGCCGGUGUUCUGACCAUAGCCAUGCCAGUUCCCGUCAUCGUCAAUAACUUUGGCAUGUACUACUCGCUGGCUAUGGCAAAACAGAAACUGCCAAAAAAGAAGAAGAAGCACAUUCCAAACCCAGAUGCCCCGACUGACUCACCUUCAUUUGGGAAGUCGGAAACAAACUCACACAUAGACAGCACUCAGAGUGACACGUGUCCGCUGGCUGCAGAGGAGAGUGUCAGCAGGAAUCGUUCUGACUCCAAACAGAACGGUGAUGCAAAUGUGGCCCUUUCAGAUGAGGAGGGCUGCAGCUUGACCCAGCCGCUUUCACCCAGUGGGAAGUGGUCCUUCCGGUGCUCCCGGGGGCGAGUCAAGAAUAAGAAAGAGGGCACCUGCUUCCUCCUAACAUCUGGAGACCCAAGCAUCCAUGUUGAGAGCUGUAUAGACGUCCACGGUUCUACUGGAAACUACGCUCAGCCAGAGGUCACCACUAUGACCUGAUGACAAUUUAUAAUUAGAAGGAGAAAGGCCAUGAAUUCCACUGUGGCUUUUUUUUAAUAUUUUCAUGUGUUUUGGCUUGUUUCUUUCCUUCCUGAAUGAACUGAAGACACAAUUGUAUUUUUUUGGGGGGGAGGGGGGGUCUUUUUACAUUUAAACAAACCACAUCCAGAGAUGAUAUAAUGUCCCAAUUAUACACUCAAUAUUAAACUUUUAAUAACAAUAAAAAAAGGAAAUUUAUUUGUUUUAAACACCACUUCUGUUCAUAAUAACAUUUAUCAACCAGAUUUUUUUCUGCAUGUUUCAAUUUUACCAGCUGAAACAGCUUUUGACACCUGCAGUGAAGUGCAGCCUUUUUUUGAUACCAAGAUAGAUUACAAAACAGAAAUUGUAAUUGCAGAGAAAUAAUCAAUUCUUUUGGAGUUUGUCAUUUUCAAGCAGAAAUCCUCUAAAGACCACUUGGGGCUAAAGAAACAGCUGAGAGGAAACAGUAUGUUUUCCAGUAAUUCUUGGACAAUGCCGCUCUUAGUGUCUGUGAAUGAUUACUUCAUCUCACGCCAGACCUUCCUGAAUCACACAAAAGGUUUUGAGACAAGGGUCCAUAUUCUUUUGGAAGUCAGACUCGCCAUCAUAAAAGGCCAUAGAUGAUGCAUGAACAUUAACUAGCGUUAUUGUGGGUUUGUAUAAUAAAACCAGAAGAAAACAUUUAACUUUCAGGUGAACAGAUUCCUAUUUUUCCUCGGACAAUCUUGGUGUGCCCCUGCUCGGUAACCAACCACAAUGAAGAAUUCAGAUAUUUUGUCAAAAAAAACAGUGUAAUGAAGGCAGCUCAAGGCACUGUGAUGUUUGUACAACCCCAAUUCCCCAAAAAGUUGGGACCCUGUAUAAAAUGUUAAUAAAAUCAGAAUGCAACGAUUCCUGUCCACUUUUAUGUUGGAAUUGGGUUGUAAAUGCAUGUACAGUAACAAAAGAAGAUGAGAAAAAAAUCACUGGAGCAGUAUUGUCUGUCUAUUGCAUUAGCUGUAUACAGUUGAUGCAUCAUUACUGGUUGAGCCCGGACCAAAUGCAGGCUUUAUUAGAUUAGUUGCAGAUUUUCAGUACAUGUAAGUCAAAAUACAUAGAGCACAAUGCCAUCAGUUUCACUUGUGCCUCAUGGUGAGUAAUGGAGUUUAAAUGUCUGCAGUAAUGUAAUUCUUUUUGUUUUGUACCAUUUCUGCUCAUGUUGCAUCUGUAGAAACCCUGAAGAGUUUCCGUUGUGUCUUCUAAUAUUUUCCCUUAUAGUCUGCCAUAGUGGCCUUAUGUUGAAUAAACAAUGGAGAAAUAUGUUUUAUUGUCAUUAGACUAUUUCUAUACUGACACAGUAUAUAUAAGCACAGCUUAAUCGAUGUAGCAUAGUACAAUAUUUUAGAAUGUUUAACUAUUGUGUAUAUUAUGUGUAUAUGCCAUUAAAACUGUAAACCACAAUAACAGAUUAUUAUUUUGAUACCUAACGUUUUAAUUUAAUUUUCUUUUUUCCUUCCUGUAUGUAAUCAAUGUUAUUAGAAAUCUAUACAUCACAUCUAGUUAAUAUUUGCUCAUUAUAAAUUGUAUAGGUGACAGUGAUGAACUCAAACCCUUUCAAACAACCAGAAGUGUAUGUGAGAGAGUGCGCGAUGGUAUAUUAUGUAGAUGUGUUUCUAUGCAGAAAUUCAAUAAAAAUCCAUUUUUACCUGGUG